AUGUUUAUAUUAAUUCUAGUCCUUUUUUUUUCUUUUAUUUCAGUUUGUUAUUCGUAUUCAGUUAUAACAAACAUGAUAGGUGUGUUUAUGUACAUAUUUGAGUUGAAAAAAGAAGUUUUACUUGGUUUAUCACUGUCCGUGCUGUAUAUAACCUAUUAUCUAGUUGAAGCAGUCAAGAAACCCUUACUGGUAUGUCGUGAAGGGCCAUUCCGCCAGUUCCUAGAGGAGAGUGUUCCUCUGCUGAGUGAGCACUACUGGCCCACGCCAUGGUGUGUGGAGUCGCGCAUGCAGACCGUCCUCGGCUCCAUCCUGCGCUCGCGUCUGCUGCCGCCGGUGCAGUACCGCAGGGAGGUGCUGAAGCUGUCGGACGGCGGGCAGGUGGCGCUGGACUGGGUGGAGCUGGCGGCGGGCGGAGCGCGGCCCGUGCUGCUGGUGCUGCCGGGGCUGACGGGCGGGUCGCAGGCCGACUACGUGCGCUGUCUGGUCGCGGCCGCGCGCGCGCUGCAGGCGCACGUCGUCGUCUUCCUCAACCGCGGGCUCGGCGGUCUGCCGCUCACGACGCCGCGACUGUACUGCGCCGUGUCGCACGCGGACCUGGCGGAGGUGGUGGAGGCGGUGCGCGCGCGGCACGCGGGCCCGCUGCUGGCGUGCGGGGUGUCGCUGGGCGGGCUCAUCCUGGGCCAGUACCUCGCCGCGCACAGCCACCGCGCGCCGCUCGCCGCCGCGCUCAUCGUCUCCUCGCCGCUCGACGUCGAGCGCAGCGCGGAAUGCAUCGAGAAGCCGCCGCUGAACGCGCUGCUGUCGUACCACAUGGCGCGCAACCUGCGCAACACGGUGCGCGCGCACGCGGCGCUGCAGGGCUCGGCGGCGGACUGGGCCGCGGUGGCCGCGUGCCGCACUGUGCGCGAGUUCGACCGCGCCUUCACCACCAAGCACUUCGGCUUCCACAGCGUGGACGAGUACUACCGGCAAGCGACGCUGCGCGACAAACUGCACCAAGUGGCAGUGCCGCUGUUGUGCCUCUGCGCCGCCGACGACCCCAUGCAGCCUUUCGACGUGAUCCCGAUGCGCGAGGCGUGCGCGAGCGCACACGUGGCGCUGGCGGUGACGGCGCGCGGCGGCCACAUCGGCUUCCUGGAGGGCUGGUGGCCGGCCGGGCCUGCGCAUGCGCAGUACAUCGCGCGUCUGGCGCAGCAGUACUUCCGCGCGCUGCUGCUGCGGCCCGACCUGCUGCACCACGCCGCCUCGUGACCGCGCCUCUUCCCAACUCUUAUUGUGAUAUUUCAAUAAAAAUGAACACCCCUUCACCUAUUACGUUACGCUUUUACAGUGUUGCCGCUCGAUAGUUUUGGAAAAAGCAAUAGUAUCAAUUAGUAUAUUUUUGCAAAUCAAUAAUAUUGCAUAACAAUAGUCUAAUCGUCUUCACAUUUGGAUACUAUCGAUAGUCUAAGCUAGAUAGAUAGUUCGGCAACACUACUUUUUCUCGUCUCUAAAAGUAUCAUUGAAAAUUAAAAGACCGUCAGCGGUAACUUUGGAUUUACAUGUUAUGUAUAAACAAAAGUGAAGGGUGGUUCAUUCUAGAUUAGAAUUCCAUAUCUCUACUAUGUGUCGUUACUAUUGAACUCGGAAAUAUCUGGUUUGAUUGCGGAACGACCUGCUUAUAUUUUAUAAUACCUACAGCAAAACAGUAUUUGUAUACCGCGACGUCAACGUAUCGACCGACACAAGAGUUAAUAUCCGCUUAGGUAGGUACAAAAACAUCAGCCGCUCCGCUUCCAAAAUUCAGGGAAGUAAAUUGCACACCGCUGCGCACAACACAACAUUGGAACAAUUUAAAUGAUAAGGUUUGAACAAGCUUACAUAGUAUUACUAAUUCAUAAUUCAAUAUAAUAUACUAAUACCGCGUCUCCCCGACUUUACGACGCACACGUCGCGCGCUCAUAUCAGCGUUAUCUUAAGCCCGUAGAAAACGCAAAGCGCUGCGACGCAAUGUAAUCAUUGCUGGUUCAGGAGUUUCCAGGAAUUGACCGAAACCAAAGUUAUUAUUUACAAACACUCCUUUUUUCUAAAUCUAUUAUUAUUUAGAUAAAACGCUUUUUAAUUAUAUGCUUACAUAAUAUACGACCGUUAAUAUUGUUUAUAUUUUUUAUUAAUAUAAUUGUUAUUGUUUUAUAUUAUUUUAUCAUUGUGCUUACGGUUGUAGGAAUUGUUUUAACGACUGACACUAUUAACCUAAAAAUGCUGUGCGCAAACCGUGGUGCGGGUUGCAUCUUGCCAAGUAGUUUCAUAAUUUGCUGCGAUACGAUAUGAACACAAUAGAACAAAAGAAUAUUUUGAAAUGUUUCUGAAUGAAUGUUCAAAAACCUUUUUUAUUAUAAAAUAAUACUAUUCAUUGGUGCAAGUUAAAACUAUAACAAACAAAACAUGAGUCUGCCGCUCACAAUGAAAAGCUAGAGCGUUCCUAAGAAACGUCCUGUAGCAACUCGCAAUCGUGCGUGCUUCGCCCACAAUGCGAUUUGCGUACAGCAGAAAAAAUUCUAAGUGAUGUAAACCUCGUUUUCAUAAAAUACUGUUUCUCUUUUACCUAGGAAUGAAAAUGAGCUGUAAUUUCUAGUACUACUACUACUAAAAUUGCAAUGAACGAAUCAGCAUAAAACCUGUGGGUGAAGUACUGGUUUGCAUUUCACUUUUCACCAUCGAUGCGAUUCGAAGUGAGACGCAACGACGCACUUCGAAUCGAUUCGAUGGUGAAAAGUGAAAUGCAACCCCGCACUAACCCCUCUGUACUGUAUCUAUAUGAAAACGAGGACGAGACGAAACUUGCUCUUGCGAAACGAGGUUCGUUCGAACAAGUGCGAGUGAGAUUUUGUACAUUCUAUACGUAGCGCUGAACUCGUGGUUGGGAACAUAUCGUCCGCACAGCGACCGUGCACGGCGUAUCGUAUCGUACAUUUAUUACAUAUAGAUAGUUAUUAUUAUAGUAAUAGUUUUUAUUGACAAGUUUAUAGCGUUGAUCAAGAUCGCACACGAUAUCAUUAGGAUUAUUAAUGAUACAAUAGUAUCAAAUUGGAUAACGGGAAAAGGUUGAGAGGAACUGCCUACUUACAUACAAAACCAUUACUUUAAACAGGGAAUACGUCUACAUAGUGUUGUCUUGCAAACAUUUUAAUUUAGUUGUUAAUUUCUUAAAAUAUUAUGUAUAAAAAAGCGCAAGUUUACAUGUUUCACCGGAUCUGCUAAUCGAGGCUGCGAGUGUUCCUCUCAGCCGCGGCCCGUCAGUUCCUACGCUGUCAAAGUGCCUCGAGGCGUCCGCGCCCCACGAUAUAUUGUAUUGAAUUGUAUCGUAACUUGUACAUUGUAUACAUUCCGCCCGCCUGUUAGCGCGUCGACAAAUAUUAUAUCUUGUUUAUAAAUUGUGUUAUAGUUUAUAUUAUUAAUUAUACAUUAUUAACCGUUGAACCUUCAGGUUCGGUGCUAAUCUAUUAACAAGUUGUGAUACAAAAUGUUUAGCCUAGCUAACUAGAUGCUGUCGAGGUUGGCUUGACAUUACCUGUUGUAAAGAUUAUUGAAUAUGUUGUAAAGUUCAGUUUCCUCCGUUAGCAUGUGGAGAUGUUUGAGGGUGGUACCCAAUUCUUGCAAAUAUCAUGUCACCGGUGGACGAGAAACAUCAUUCACCAGAAGUUGGCUGUGCCUCUGGAGGAACACACGAUGUGAAUGCGGCUGCUUUGACAACCCAUUUGCUAGUUCAAAUUAUGUUCACAGUACAAAUUUUGAAUUUGAAGGGAUUUACUUUCAAGUAUUACUUUGACUAAACUUAUUUGUAUACCUUUUCGGCCUAAACGUGAGUAAUAACACUUCAGUUUGUCAUCUCCACAAGCCGCGCGAGCGUCAGUAUUAUACGCGUCAUGCCCGGGUGGCUGACGUUUGUGUUAUGUUACGAAUUAUAUAUAUUUUACUACA